AUGAACACCCAUUCGAAUUAUUCCAGCGGCUCUGGCGGUGUGGACACCAACAUCUACUCGCCCAUCUUGGCCGACAAGCAGCUCGACGAAGAAGGCCUGAGGUCAAAAGAAGCCACUUAUGCCUCAGACACGCACCGGAGGCCCCGGCUAUGGUCAAUCACAUGCGUGUCUUCAUUCCUCAUGGGCGCCAUCGUCGCAGCCUCCAUCCUCGUCACUCUCGCAGCCAUGGAUGUCGGAACCACUGCCGUCCAGCUGCUGCGAGGCCCCAAGCAAGUUGUCUGCCACUGCGGCGUCACCGCCGCCGACGGCAUGGCUCAAGGAUGCGUCUUCGACGAGCUGGAGCUGGGCUGGAUGCGUCCGGAGUGUGUCGACUCGGAGCUGACCCGAGAGUUCUCGCGAGCCGGGCCCAGAGAGGACGGAGGGUGGCACUACGAGACCGAAAUAGACGGCGUCGUAACAGCCGUCAACGUCAGCACUCUGUCGACUCGGGUAGAGCCCGGGAGGGUGAUCAGGUUCACGUACGAGCAGCACGUGCAGCAUUGUAUCUUUGAGUGGAGAAAGCAGCAUCGGGCAGCGUUUCUGGGCACGACGCUGUCGCUAAGGAGGAACUACGAGGAUCAUAUCAAGCACUGCGGCAAGAUGCUUUUGAUGAAGGCUGGGAUGAAUGAGACUAGAACGCGCCUGGUGUAUCCAAGCCAAAUAGCCGGCUAG